GGUAUUGCCUAGCAGAAAACCAUGGGCAACUUCAAAGGGCAUGCCCUCCCUGGAAGCUUUUUCAUUCUUUUUGGCUUGUGGUGGUCAGUGAAGUAUCCACUGAAAUAUGCUUGUCGAAAAAACAAAAAUGCUUGCUACCUUGGUUCCAGGGCAGGAUUUCAGCGCCUGGAGUUCAUUGAGGGGAUUGUCAAAGCUGUCUUUGCCCUGAUUGGAAUGGUGGCUGAGCAGUUUGUUCCUGAUGGACCUCAUCUGAAGUUGUAUAAUUACGAGGAAAAGCACUGGGAUCACUUGAUGAACUGGCAACAUGCUACUAUGUACCUCUUCUAUGGCAUUUCAGGGUUGGUUGACAUCGUGGCUCAUGGGACCAGCGCGUUGCCAGUGGCCAUGGACAGGAUGGUGCUUUCCUUAGCAGUGUUUAUUGAAGGUUUUCUCUUUUGCUACCAUCUUCAUGGGAGAGCCAUGCUGGAUGUUCAUGUUCAUCAGUUAUUGCUAUUUGCUAUCUUUGGAGCUGCUGUUUGCAUAUUUCUGGAAGUUUUCUUCCGUGGCAGUAUUGUGCUAGAGAUGCUCCGUACAAGUCUCUGCAUAUUACAAGGCAGCUGGUUCUGGCAGAUUGGUUUUGUGCUUUAUCCUCCAAAUGGGAGCCCAGAGUGGAAUCAGACGGAUCAUACUAAUAUGAUGUUCCUGACCAUGUGCUAUUGCUGGCAUUACGCUUUUGCUUUUCUUAUACUUGCAGUGAAUUACACAAUUGUCAGCUGGGUGAUUCGUUCAAAGGUUAAACAGUCCCAGUCCAUGGAAAUGGGAUUACUGAAAACAUCUGAACGAGAUCAGGAGUCAGAAGAAGAAAUUUAAUAUGAAUAUGGCUUGACUAGCUUACCUGCUCUACCAUUAGGCUAACUGAUACCUCAUUUCUCCCUACCAUCUUAUUCAUUCUUUACUACAACCUGCUAUGCAAAUAUCAUCCCCAAGUACUGUCUAAAUCUACACAGUUACAUCUUUAUUUGUGGGGGGUAAGCUUGAUAUCAACCUGUUGCACUAGUACCUUGGUUAUCACAUGAAGAAAACCAGACUAAUAUUAGGCAGACUUGGACUGGGUGAGGUGGCAUGACGAAGUCUGUGCAUUUGCCUCAUUAAAAGCUAAGCAAAAUGUU